CUGAACUCGCCGCCGCUGUGUUAAAGUUGGCGGGAGCCGUCCGGGUGGGACCUGUCCGGUGUUCUCUGCCGUCGUGUCCGGCCUGCUGGUAGUCGAGGGCUCAGCGGUGGAGUUCCGCGGCCCGUCGGCACGAUGCGGGUGGCUGUGGCUGGCUGCUGUCAUGGCGAACUGGACAAGAUCUACGAGACUCUGGCCCUGGCGGAGCGCCGCGGCCCGGGACCGGUGGACGUCCUUCUGUGCUGCGGCGACUUCCAAGCGGUGCGCAACGAGGCCGACCUGCGCUGCAUGGCGGUGCCGCCCAAGUACCGCCACAUGCAGACCUUCUACAGAUACUACUCUGGAGAGAAAAAGGCCCCAGUUCUCACAAUCUUCAUCGGAGGAAACCAUGAAGCCUCAAACCAUUUGCAAGAGUUACCCUAUGGUGGCUGGGUAGCACCAAAUAUUUACUAUUUAGGUUUGGCUGGUGUAGUAAAAUACCGAGGUGUAAGGAUUGGUGGGAUCUCUGGCAUCUUCAAAUCUCAUGACUAUCGAAAAGGUCAUUUUGAGUGCCCCCCUUAUAAUUCAUCUACCAUAAGGAGUAUAUAUCACGUGAGAAACAUAGAGGUCUACAAACUGAAACAGUUGAAGCAGCCUGUAGAUAUAUUCUUAUCUCAUGACUGGCCAAGAAGUAUAUAUCAUUAUGGAAAUAAGAAGCAGCUUCUUAAGACCAAAUCUUUUUUUCGCCAAGAAGUGGAAAGUAACACACUAGGGAGUCCUGCUGCCUCAGAGCUGCUGGAGCACCUAAAGCCCGCAUACUGGUUUUCUGCGCAUCUUCAUGUGAAAUUUGCAGCCUUGAUGCGGCAUCAGGCCACAGAUAAAGAACAAGCAUGCAAAGAAACCAAGUUUUUAGCCUUGGACAAAUGCUUACCACACAGAGACUUUCUUCAGGUGUUAGAAAUAGAACAUGAUCCCAGUGCUCCUGAGUACUUAGAGUAUGAUAUUGAAUGGCUUACUGUUCUCAGGGCCACUGAUGACCUGAUUAAUGUGACCGGGAACCUGUGGAAUAUGCCUGAAAACAACGGUCUUCAUACAAGGUGGGAUUAUAGUGCAACCGAAGAAGCUAUGAAGGAAGUAAUGGAAAAAUUGAACCAUGACCCUAAAGUUCCCUGUAACUUCAGUAUGACAGCAGCUUGUUAUGAUCCUAGUAAGCCACAGUCACAAGUGCAGCUGGUUCACAGGAUCAAUCCACAGACUACUGAAUUUUGUGCCCAGCUUGGCCUCACAGACAUUAAUGUCAUGCUUCAGAAGGACAAGGAAGAGCAACAUCUGUGUGGAGAAUAUGAACAGCAGGGUGAUGUGGGGACCGAUGAGUCUGAAGAAGACCGGAGUGAGUACAGCACAGACACAUCUGCUCUGUCCUCCUUUAAUCCGGAUGAAAUAAUGCUGGAUGAGGAGGAGGAGGAGGUGGAGGAGGAGGAGGAGGUAGGUCCUCCUGGUGACGUGACUACACCCUCUGUAGAACCUUCUUCCCAACAAGCUUCUGACUUCUCCACGAGCUUUUCUGACAUCAGGAACUUGCCAAGCUCUAUGUUUGUGUCUUCUGAUGAUGCAUCCCAUUCUCCGACUGGUGGGGAGGGAAAUCCUGGUGAGACUGUGCAGUCGGAGGAUGAAAAGUCCUUGACUGACUUUCCACUGAAGAGGCUGAGUAAUGAACAUGAGCCUGAGCAAAGAAAGAAAAUUAAGAGGCGGAAUCAAGCCAUCUAUGCUGCCGUAGACGAUGGUGGUGAUAAUGAUGAUUAAGACAGGAACUUGCCUUAGUGAUGUAUGUAGUAUGUGAUUUCAACACCCUAUUUUUAGGGUUGAAUUUUUGAUAAAUUACUGGGCUUUGUAAUAAUGAAGUGAUGGAAUUUUGGUUAUAUAUAACUUUGUUUUUAGGAUUAUGUUUGUAUUUUUCAGAUAUAAACUUAUUAAAAUUUCAUAUGAAAUUUGA